AGGCAUGUGAAGUGACAAAGCAGCACCGUGGUCGCCAAGAGAGUCUAGAAUCUCCUCCUCAAAACACGAAACGUAGCAGAUUAAUACUAAUAAUCUCCUGACAAACCUAAUCUUCAUCUUCUAAGAUUGUAUUGUGCACGAAGAAGGUCAAAAGCAGCAGCAGGUGAGAGACAAUGGGGUGGGUGUGGAGAGACGACGACGAGUCGGACGAUUCCUUUCAAAAAAAGCCUAAUUAUUCCUCUUCAUCUUCUGGUGAGGUAUGUUCCACGAGGACGGUGGUGAGGUCGCAGUGCAAGACGGAGGAGGUUGAGCCUGGAAAGUUCGUUAGAAAGUGCGAGAAAACCGAGGAGGUCCUUCGUGAUUGCCUUGGAAAGCCUGUUGAAGUGCUGAAAUCUAACAAAGAGUAUACUGAAGAUGAUGUCACAGAGCAAGUGGUUAGAGGGUUGCUCCAUCCAGGAAAGUUUGAGGAUGUACCAUUUGACUUCCACGGGCUUCGAGGUGAUAUUCAAGACAUAGAACGUCACUUCCUUGGUGGCAUCAACCGUUUCUUUGAAGCAGCUGAAGAGAUGAAGAACAACUUCUUUGAUGUUUUUGGCGACUUCCAUAAUGGGAAUUCAUCAUCCUCGCCAUCUAAAAGGCGAGGGAUACCUGUCGAAGGCCAUCCGCUGACAGAAGCCUCUCCUAAACCAAAGGAUCCAAACUCCGGAGAUGUUGACCUUUCGGGUUUGGCAAGAGAUGUUUAAAGUAGAAUGUUCAGUAACUGCCAAAGUUAACAUAUGUCCUUAAUCUGCUUUUUAUAUGAAUAUGUAGUAGCCAAGUACUAUUCGCUUUUAAAAUGGAAAGGCAAUUCAUUAAUGCGGAUAAAAAGUUUGAUAUCCAUGUAAUCUUGAUGCUCUUUUGAGGUGAUUAAUGCAUGGUGCUGAACUCUUCUUAGUUCUUGCAUCUUCUUCAUCCCA